GCGGUUAUCUUUCAGAUGCUCGGCACUUGCCUGUGUUGUAUCUUGGAUUUGAUUGAACACUGAGUUGGCGUAUUCUCGCGUAGUGGUGACGGACGGCAGACCACAGUCAAAAUGAUAGCGCGGAAAUUUAAGGGACACACGCCACUUGAAAUAACCUUCACGUGGUUUAGCGCUGUUCAGAAAACUAUUACAAGUUACUGAACAGUAAUAGUGUUUGAUGGACACAUUAACUUCUGUUUAAAAGAGUUAGCUAGGUCCUGUGUCUACGGUAUCAAGCCCAGCGAGCUUCUCUUGAAGCGUUUCGAGGACAGUCGUCCGGCGAUGCGUUUCAGUUACGCAUGACAUUCUUACCAGCAGCUGGAACGAGUUGGGUGCCAUGAGGCCUUGGACGCUCAUCUUUCUGUCACUGUUCGUUCUGGGAGGCGCGGGUCCCGGGUCCUCCAGCAGCCGCUUCGUGACGGACUUCCUGCAGGACGGCACGCAGGUGGCGGCAGACGGCGCCGGCGGUCCCUACUUCGACUCCUCGGUGCCCGACAACCUGACCGGCCUCGUGGGGAGGACGGCCUACCUCAACUGCCGUGUCAAGAACCUCGGCAACCGCACCGUGUCGUGGGUGCGGCACCGCGACAUCCACCUGCUGACGGUGGGCCGGUACACCUACACGAGCGACCAGCGCUUCGAGGCGCUGCACUCGCCGCACACCGAGGACUGGACGCUGCGCAUCCGCUACGCGCAGCGCCGAGACUCCGGCGUCUACGAGUGCCAGAUCAGCACCACGCCGCCCGUCGGCAGGCUCGUCCAGCUGCGCGUCGUCGAGCCGCUGACAGAGGUGCUGGGCGGCCCCGACCUGUACAUCGACAAGGGCAGCACCAUCAACCUCACGUGCCUCGUGCUGUACGCGCCGGAGCCGCCGCUGGCCAUCGUCUGGAGCCGCGACUCGCAGGCGAUCAACUUCGACUCCCCGCGCGGCGGCAUCAGCCUGGUGACGGAGAAGGGCGCGCUCACCACAAGCCGGCUGCUCAUCCAGAGGGCCACGGCGGCCGACUCCGGCCGCUACACGUGCGCGCCCUCCAACACCGCCGCCGCCUCCGUCCGCGUCCACAUACUCGAUGGCGAGACGCCAGCCGCCAUGCACCACGGCAGCUGCGCCACGGGUCUGCAGCCGCCACCAAUCCGACUGCUGCCCCAGCUGCUGCUGAUGCUGCUGCUGCCUCUGGUGGCGUCUCGGCCGCUGGCUGUGUGCUAGCACCACUGGCGUCUUUGGUCGAUGUUGGCGCUGCCUUCAGAAGCUGUGUCGUGCGGCAAUAUUUUCACCACUGCCUGUGUGUGUGUCCAAUGUCGUUUUUGUGUACAAUAAUUUAAGGGCGGUAGAGAUAAAGUUCAGCAGAAUUCCACUAAAAGAAGGACCGAUUUGCUAUCAGAAAAUUCUGCAGACUGCACUUUGUGAUGGUACAAAUGUUUUUCCUUCUGGAUACUAUCUUUAGAAACAUUUGAUGUUGUUCAAAACCUUAGAAACCAGUGCACAGCACAUACGAGUACAGUAAACUAAUAGUGAGUGUUAAGAAUAAUGGCACCCUUAUAAUUUAUUUUAUUGCGACUUGUCUGACAGUGACAUUGGUGGCAACGGAAAACUUGUUACAUGUGAGGGAGCAAUAAGCACUGUAUUGUACGUCUUAGAAGCUUUAAAGGCAUUCGUCAGGAAUGACGUGAAAUGUCAUGGAUUUGUGAGUCCAUGUGGCAGACAGAGAAUCGGCGAACGACAGUUUAGUAGCGAGCCUACCUUAUGACAGAGCCACAUACCCAUCUGAUAUUUCAUUCUGAGUAUAUUUCAAAAUCAUCGUUGUUCAGAGUUUGACACAGACUCGUGUUCGGUAGGAACUGCGGUGAGUCUACUAUGACUUAUAUACCCACUCAACUCAGAUUCGCUUUCUUAAGACAAAGAAAGGCCAAUUCCACCUCGACAGAUUUACAUCAUAUUAGUCAUCUGGGACGUCUACCGAUCGAUUUCUGAGCAGGAUGUCUCGUUAUUGAGCAGAGGGUUGAUCCGACGGCUUGCAGAUCCCGUCUCGGUGGACAUUUUAUUGUUUACUCUUGGUACUAGCUCUAUGCAAGAAAGGUGGAAAACUCUACAAGAUGGAGAACGAGAGGGUUCGGCGGGAAAAGGAGGUAACCAUCAAUUUGAUAAGGAUUUGUUUGAUCAUUUUAUCUGUUGUCGUUUAUGAGAGUAAUAAAAAACCAGCCGGAGGCCUGUAAGCGUAAACAUGUACCUUAAUUUCGAAUGUAUUGCCCAGCACAACUGAAUCACUUUUCUCACUGUAAUACGAGGCAGUGAAUGACAGUCUCGCAAAAUUCAUGAGCCGCCGUUGUGAAACAUUCCUGAACUGCUGCCUGACCCCCUGGUCUGAGGUCAAUGGUUUGCCUGUCGGUGGUUUCAUUAUCCCCAACGAAAAUGGUAGAAUCCCAUGGAGACAGAUCUGGACUGUAUGAAGGGCGUCUGGAUGUCUGGUAUUUCAAUGUUUGCCAGAGCUCCUUGACUGCGUUUUCUGUACGGGGCCUUGCAUUCUCACGGAGCGGAAAGACUCCUUAUCCUUUCGAUUUCAUCGCUUUGGGAAAUGCAGACAAGGUUUGUGAAUGUCGCUAUGCAUUCAUCGUUGUCUAAUGUUGCAGGAAGCUGAUAACAACGGGGUCCUUUUCUUCAAUGAAGGUGAACAUCACCUUUCCCGCACUUGUGUGGACGGCCUUGGAUCUUUUUGGAAGGCUAUGACCCUGCAUGCUUCCACUGGAAACUUCGGCGUUUUGACUCGAGUUCGAAGUGAUGACACCAUGUCUCGUCUCCAGUGAACACAGGUGAUAGGAACUUAGUUCAUUUUGGCAUAGAGGUAUAGAUGUUCCUUUUUUUGAGAAUGUUUUGGGUGAUGAGGCUUCUCGCUGGUUUGAUGCUACCCUUCACGACUUCUUCCAUGACAAGGUCAUCAUCUUGGAGUUGUAUCUACAUCGAACUUUAUCAGUUAUUUCGGUGGAUUUUCAACUUUUCUCCCAUGCUCGUUUCUCCCUUCGCCAUGCUCACCAAGAGAUCCAAACAGAAACGUAAUCAGAGCUAUUUGCCAGUGGAGAGAUCGCCAUGACACUUUUUCAGUUACAGGUCACAUUUCCUCUCUAUGCGCAUUAAGUUUCUGUAACACACAGAUUUUUUAUUGCCUUCUGCCUUGUCACGCCUUGAAAAUUGCUCAGUCACCGCCUUUAGCGACAGUUUCCACCCCCAGGACAAGAAGGUUCUCUGGAGCUCAAUCCGCCCCUUCACCCGCUUUUAAAAGGUAGUUGGCAGAAUGAAGGUAACUUAUUGCACCGAAAGUCUUCGGCUGCCAUUUCUGAUGAUCUUUGUUUAAAAUUUAAGAAAUGGUUUUGAAUCUAACACAGGUCCUAGGAUGUUUUGAUUGAAAGACUACACUCCUAAACUAGGGUUGUACAUUUGUAUGUAAGUGAAGGAAAGCAAAAGUCUUAGAGCAAUUUCCCAUCGAUAUAUUGGUAUAAACUAGAGGAGCGCAAUUUUUUGCAUAUUACUUUUACUGUUAUGGAAAGCAAAUUUGCUGCAUCUGUCAGAAUACUUUGGGGAUGGCGGUACUAUGUUCCUUUAUUCUGACAGUUUCACAACAUACACUGAAGCACUACACUAUCGUUACACCCCAUGUGAAGUGAGAUAUAUGACGGUCUGCAGGUGUUGAAAGUUGUUCACAAUACUACGACACUGGAAAAUUGCUUACAGGCUAUGGACAGGAACCGAUAUUUAUCUGAUGUUAUUACCCAACAUAGGGAAACUUUCCAAAUCCUGUUACUCUGUUUGAAAAGCUACAAUAUCCGUACUACUAAAAAACGUAUUAAGAAAUAAAAUAUUCGCGUACUUCAGAGUUAUUACUUUUACAAUUGGCACAAUGUUUAAUUCGGUUUAUAAAACCGAAAUAAACAUUGAAAUUCACUGAAAACAAUGGUUUUGUGUAAGUACACGAUGGUCCUUUGCAAGAAUUAGAGCCAUCUGCCCGCUAUAAACACCACUGUCACCUUCUCCUUAAAACGCUGCUUAAGUGGGUGUGUGGUGGAGUCCUUAUUGCUUAAUAUGUUGGUUUCAACAUAGAGGAAACUUGCGGGAUACCAAGUUUCCGUUCUUCGAAACCACUAAAUUUUCUUUGGUAAUUCGAUUGUUUAAAUGUUAUGAAGAACUAUCCUCUUUGAUGCUUAUUUGUGAUUUAAUCACAAGUAAAGUGAUUGAUUUUAUCCUUCUUGUAGCACACUUGUUUCUAAAUCUCAGUUAACUGUGCGGAAACGGAAUCAUUAAAUUUAAGGAAGAAAAUAUUUUAGAAUCUGCUUCUUUAUCAAUAUGUACAAUUUUAGAACAAGUAUGAGUUCACACAGUGAAGUUAAUGAAACAUAAUAAUUUGUUUACAAGGAGGACGAAGGAGAUCCUCUGUAUUACAAAAGAAGAAGUGUUGUGUAAAUUAAAAUGCACGAGUAUCAACGAUAAUAAUGCUCGUGGUUAUUCAGUAGACAGCGACGUCUCCUCUGAAGUCUUGAGGACAAAACAGUGUGUGGUUGUAACACCACGAUAGUAGGUAUGGUGGUUGAAUUAGAAGCCGUUUCUCUGGCCAGGUUCAGACUACAAGUGAAUUCCAGGUAUACAAUCACAAUUGUAACCUAAUCCUCCCCAUCCUCCACCCCAACUCCACAGUGUCAAAAUGAAACUAUGCAUUGCUAGGCUAGAUAUCGAAUUCACCUUUUCUGUGUCACGAUUUGUAUUUCUUCAACUGAUUGCCACUGCAGAGCGUCCCUUCUGAAGUAAGAUCUGUAUAUUUGAAACACGAUGACGAGUACUAGUCAGAAACAGGCUUCUGUGAGGUACAACAAGGUUUCACUGUCUUAGUCGUAGUCACAUUAAAUCAGGAAGGGUGAAACUGAGUCCCGUUCUAUUACACUUUCCAUCUCUAGUAAUUUUGCUAUAUAUAAGCAACAUAUUCAGUAUCAAAGACAACAAGGUUUAUGCCCAUCUUCCAGCAAAAGCCACACAUCUAUUUGGACUGUUCUCUCAAUUAAUAGAUAAAUGUGUGAACUAACUCUAUUUUCUAUUUGUAAAUGAGCUAGAGGUCAAAAUGGACCCAACUGUUCAUUUCUACACAUUACUGUUUGUGUGAUCAACAUAGGGACGUCUUUUCCACAUUAUGGUCUCAAUGCAAGCAUUUUCUUUUCUGUAGAAAUUUGAUGAAGAAUUUAAUUUUAAUGCUAAGUUCAUUGUAACAUCACAGUUAUACCCACUUUAUGCUUUUUCAGUUUAUUUUUAUGUUUAAUAUGGCGAGGGUAUUAAUUGUGAACAACUGGAACAGGAAGGACGACUGAAUUUUCUCCUGUGAUGCCGACAUAUUCUCUAAUGAUGAAGUCCUGCUCUCCCUGAAUUCGUUAUAGCUUCCCAUCGAAAAUAAACUUCAGCACAAAGGAAUUAUCAGAAAUAAAUCUGAAUUUGCUAUCUGGUGCAUGUAGAUGGACCAUUUUUCACUGUCAGAUGUUGGCUGAAGAAGCCCAACACGUCGAAGCAUAACACACAAAAUGAAAUGAUUAAUCUGCUUUGGCUGGUGAAAUAUAUCUUCAGUCUUUCUGCUUGGACACCCAGAGUAUGUCCUAAAAAGAACGAUUGUCUGCACCAACUCAGCGGUAAGGAAUGUUUCACUUCAUUUCAAAAAUUAAAGAAAACAGCUAGAAGUAAAAAAUUUAAUUUAAUAAUCAAAUAAAUUUUUAACGUUCCAAAAUUAUUGGAUUAACUGGUCGUCCUUUCAAACGAUGUCAUUCAAAUAAAUGAUGUUGUGAAGUCGACUAAAGGCCACCGUAUCUCCUGAAAAAUACAGAAGUGAAAUAUUGCUCUGUAGACAUAACAAAAUACUGUUUGUACCUCCGUCGGUUCAGAUAUUUAGGUGACACAAAGGAAAGUUUGAGUUUAAAGACGUCCAGCAUAAUAAAACUGUUCUCAAUCUUUUGGAAUUAUAGGAAUAUCGAGCUGAGUGAUUGAGCAUUGUUUGGCGAAAUUUAUUAGCUUUGCUUGGAGGGCAAGGACUAUGUCUUCUCUUUCGAUAAAUUAGCGUUAUUGUUGUAUUCAUUGCUCAGGUGUUGGUUUAUUUACAAGAGACUUUAUUCGGCUAUGAUGUACGCAGAUAUUCUGUGACACCAUAUUCUGUUCACACAUGAGUAAUUUACUGGCUAAGGCAUAAUAUUUCCUGACGAUUGUUUUGAAGAGUGUGUGUAAAGUAACGCAUUUAUUGUAAACUGUUUUUCAUGCACAUCAUUUUAUGUUUGACCUGUUUUAUCUUUAAAAUUGGCUUUAUUUCUAUUUCUAUUUUAACCGAAAGUAAACGUGAGUACCUCAGGUGUGUAAGAACAUGUUCUUUUGAUUUACAUUACGUUACUUGUGAGAAAAUUAGAUGUAUCUGUGAUGUACAUUUCUAUAUACUUUGCUUUCUGUAUGUACUGGACUAAUAAAAAUUUUAUACUU